AUGAACUCGAGCAAAGAAAAUCAUAAUUCAGGAGGCGAAGUUCCAAGUCAAUCCUCAGUUGAAAGUAGAAACUCAGAUACUUCUGUUAGUGAUAGAUCUUUAGGCCAGUGGUACACAUUAAGUCCAGAUACUAUGAAAAGGGCAGCUGCAAAAAAACUGAUUGAAAGAUACUUUUAUCAAUUGGUUGAUGGAUGUGGAGAUCCUAAUUGUUCAAAUGAACACUGCGCUUCAAGUGGAAAAGUAAAAAAUUUGACUCCAAAUCAGGCGGCAGCUCAAGCAUUUCAGUUAUUUUCUCAAGAAGCAAAAUUAUGUGAGGCCCAUCCUUCGAAAGUGCCCAGAACUCAGGGGAAACCUGCAGGAACUGCUAGUUGUAAUAACCUUGAUUCUUAUUCAAAAGUGGUUGAACUUUGCAAUGAACCAGUACCAUCUAAUUCAAAUAUGGUGGCAAAAACCACUAAUGAUCUCUCAGAUAAUGAAAGUUUAAAAGAAAAACCUUUGCCAUUUUUAACGGAAGAAAAGUUGUUAAAUAUUAUUAAAACCUGCCAAAACGAAAAUUCUUAUUGUCAAUUGAUUCGAGCUCUCGGAGAGGUAUAUUCUAAUCCUGAAAGUUUGGCUCAGAGUUUCUUACGCACCGAGCCUGAAUCACCAAUUGAAGUCAUGCUCGAAAAAGCAGGAGUCAAAGAUUUAAAAAGACUGAAAAAAGAAGAUGUUCGAACAUUAGAGGGGGAUUUGGAUAAAGACGAAGAUUGUCGAGAGCUUGAAAUAAAAAAUGAAAAGCUUGGGGAAAAUUCUAAUAAGAGAUCAUUAAUAAAAAGAUCGGAUACUGUGGACACUUCUGUGGAUGUUUUUUCUUUAAGAAGGGCUUACGCACAUCUAUUUCAAUUGCCUUUAAAAAUAUUUGAGGGGGCUUUAGUAAAUGCAAUUGUCACUUUGACAGGAACCCUUGAAAUUCGGUUAAAACUAUGGGGUUCUUCAAAUAGAGUGAAAACGGAAGACGAAGAUCUUUUGAAUAUAUUUGUUAUAAUAACUGAGAUACCGAUUGUCGGAAGUUCUGAAUUCAUUGAUGUUGCUCUGCCCCACAUUUGUAAAUUAGCAGCUCACUUAUCUGUUCCUUGUCAAGCUAAACUUGCAAGAGUGUGGGCAAAAUUUUGUAAAAGUCGAUUAAAGAGUUUAUUAGAAUCUCUUCAGCAGUUAAUAACUCUUAAAGUUAUUACCGGGACUUUUACAAGAGAUUAUUGCAUUCAAGACGAAGAGGCUAUUACAUCGCCUACAAAAUUAAUGAAGAUAUUGUAUUAUGCCAGUAUCUUAGCGGGAGAGCUCGAUGCUCCCGAUCUAUCUUUUGAAGACUCCUCGUUUAGUUCAACUGAUGAUUCAUUGUUAGGAGCAGAAACCAAAGUACCAAAACCACCUCCUCCGGUAGAUCCUUUAGAAUCUCAGCUUCAAAUUAAUGUUUUAGACAGUCGAAAGCCAUUAAUACCUUUUCAUGAGUUUUACAACGAGCCCUUAUCUGAUGCUGUGGAAAUGGAUAAGGAUUUUGCCUAUUAUAAAUCGGAUUUCGGCAACACGUUAGAUUUUGUAAAAAAUAAAAAAUUUAGUUUUAUGUUUUAUUCAUUUAUAUUGACACCCGCAACAAAAACAUUAGGAUUAUGCUAUGAUAAUAGAAUACGAAUGUACAGUGAAAGGAGAAUGAGUUUUUUUCAGACCGCUGUUGGUCAGCCAGCUAAUCCUUAUUUGAAAUUAAAAGUGCGGAGGGACCAUAUUAUAGAUGAUGCUUUAGUUGAGUUGGAGAUGGUAGCCAUGGAAAAUCCAAAAGAUUUAAAAAAACAAUUGGUAGUUGAAUUCGAAGGCGAACAAGGAAUCGAUGAAGGCGGGGUUUCCAAAGAAUUUUUCCAAUUGAUCGUGGAAGAAAUUUUUAAUCCAGAUUAUGGUAUGUUUGUUUACCAACAAGAAACGGAAACUGUUUGGUUUAAUCCUACGUCUUUUGAAAGUGAUGCCCAGUUUACUUUGAUCGGUAUAGUUUUAGGUUUAGCUAUUUAUAAUAAUAUUAUACUUGAUGUUCGCUUUCCCAUGGUGGUGUACAAAAAAUUAAUGGGAAAAAGGGGAACGUUUUAUGACGUUCAAGAUUGGAACCCUACUUUAUUUGCUGGUCUUAAAGAACUUUUAGAUUACGAAGAAGACGAUAUAGAGGAUGUUUUAAUUCAAACUUUCAGAGUAUGUUAUACAGAUGUUUUCGGUAACACAUUAUUUCACGAACUAAAAGAAGGAGGCGAUCAAAUCUACGUUAAUCAAGAUAAUAAAAAAGAAUUCGUAGAUUUAUAUUCAAAUUUUUUAUUAAAUAAAUGUGUAGAAAAGCAAUUUAGAGCUUUCCGAAAGGGUUUUCAAAUGGUAACAGAUGAAUCGCCGUUAAUAUUUUUAUUUAGGCCUGAAGAAGUUGAACAACUAGUCUGCGGUAGUAAGAAUUUCGAUUUUAACGAACUGGAAGAGGCCACGGAAUACGAUGGCGGUUAUACAGCUGAAACUCCUAUAAUAAAAAAUUUUUGGAAAUUAGUUCACGCAAUGUCCCUGGACGAUAAAAGAAAAUUGUUGCAAUUCGCAACCGGAAGUGAUCGAGUGCCCGUGGGAGGGUUGAGCAGACUCAAAUUGGUCAUCGCUAAAAAUGGGCCGGAUUCUGAUCGGCUACCUACAGCGCAUACCUGCUUUAAUGUUCUCCUACUGCCAGAAUAUUCGUCAAGAGAAAAACUGCAGGAUCGUCUAGAGAAAGCAAUUAAUUACAGCAAAGGUUUUGGAAUGCUGUAA